CUCAUUUCCCGCGAGUUAGGGUUUGGUUACCGUCAACGGUCUGGUUGACACUACCGCAAAACCUUCACAUUUAUGGCGGAUUCAAUCUGUAGAACACUCCGGGACGGCGGAUUAGAAGGCGAGCACGCCCCAGCUCUCACCAUCAAGGACCGCAUAAGCUCACCGCUCGGUUUGGAUGUCUUCAAUCACGUCCUUGCCCAGCUCUCUUCCUUCAUUCUCGCUGGGAAGUCCCAGUCAAGAGGUCUCGUGCUGGUUGCGCUCACUCGAAGCCCGUCAUUUUACUUGGAACUCUUGAAGAGCGGAGGAGUCCAGCUCAAUUCAGCUCAAAAAUGGAUUCACAUAUUGGAUUGUUAUUCGGACCCCCUUGGUUGGAAGGAUAACCCAUCCAGGCAUGAAAAAGCUAACACUGCUACUGAUGAAAAUCCGGGCACAGUUGCACUUUUUAGAGACGUCAAGGAUGCUAAUAAGCUCUUCUGCUCAGUUUCUGAAUUGGGGAAGGAAUUGCUUGGACCAAUAAAAGGCCGUUUCUCUGUUGCUAUAGACUCGGUAAGUGAGAUGUUGAGACAUGCCUCUUUGACAUCAGUUGCCUCCUUCAUCAGCAAACUUCGUAGUCAUGAUCAAGUCUCUAGCAUUUUUUGGUUAUUGCAUUCGGACCUUCAUGAAGCCAAGAUUGCUGCUGUUUUCGACUACAUAUCCUCUAUGAUUGCCAGUUUAGAACCAAUGAUUCAUCCUUCGAAUGGCGAGAGGCUCUCUUCGGAAAACCGUUCUUUGAGAAACGAAAACUUAAGCAGGGGAAACUUUUCAGUUCGUUUUAAGCGGCGAAAUGGACGUGUCCGCCAGAUGUGUGAAGAAAUUAGUGUCGAGCAGUCAGGCAUCAAGUUCACUCCGGUUUCAUCUGAUGGGCAAGCGAUUGGUGGAGGCCCCUUACCUAAGGUACAGUUCAAUCUAGAGCUGUCGGAAAAGGAGCAAAUGGACAGGGCGAGCGUCGUACUUCCCUUUGAACACCAAGGAAAUGGUAAACCGAUUCAGAUAUAUGAUGGUCGGAGAUCACUCGCAGAUACAAGGACUAACACAGUACAUGUUCCAACGGAGGCAUCGGAAGCGGCUGAUCCUCGUAAGGGUGAAAUAAUUUAUCUUCGGGACUCGGAUGAUGAGAGGCCAGACUCUGAUGAGGAUCCAGAUGAUGAUUUGGACAUAUAGUCGUCCUUGUACCAUCGUAGAUGAUGACAUUCUAGUACAGAUAGUCGAGCUCAGUAAGAUGUGUCUUGUAACGUUCGGAUCUAGGAAGAGAUCAAAAGUGGUGGAGUUGUGCUGGAAUGCAGAGGAAUCUGAUAGUGCUGAGCAGUGAAAUAUGCAAAGCUUAAUGCCGUGAAAUGUGAAUGCUUUGAAUCUGCAAAUUUCUCGACUUUGGCUUUGCUUCUCGA